AUGACGAGUUCCGACUUUUGUGUUGGGGAUCCUAGUCUUCCUAGAGGACCUCAAGGAUAUGCUUGCAAAGAUCCUGCUAAAGUUACAACUGAUUAUUUUGUUUACACGGGUUUCCGAGGUGAAAAAACUCCUAACAAUGUUUUUGGGAACAACGUGACAUUAGCAUUUUCAAAUGUGUUCCCAGCCUUUAAUGGUUUAGGCAUAUCUAUGGCUAGGUUAGACUUUGUCGUAGGAGGAGUAAUUCCAAUACACUCUCAUCGUACAUCAGAAGUUCUUAUUUUGGUUAAAGGUUCUAUCAUUGCAGGAUUUAUUGAUACAAACAACACUGCAUACUAUAACAGAUUAGAGAUUGGUGAUGUGAUGGUUUUUCCACAAGCCAUGGUUCACUUCCAAAUCAACGUUGGUAAAACUCCGGCUACUGCCUAUGUUAGUUUGAAUGGUGCAAACCCAGCAUUACAACUCACUCCUACCUCUUUAUUUGCUGGGAAUUUACCUGCUAACAUUGCCCAGAAAAUCACACUCUUAAGUCGUAAGGAAGUUAUGCAAAUGCAGCGAAUAUUCGGCGCAGCUUAA